UUUAUACUUCGCAUAACCAUCUUUAAUGUAAAAUGAUAAGAAAAACAACAUGAAAUCCGAAAUUUUGGCAACCGCUUUUUUGGGUUUGGCGGUUAGGUCAAUAAUCUCGCUGUAUUCCUACUCGGGCUUUGAUUCCCCGCCCAUGCACGGGGACUACGAAGCCCAACGACAUUGGCAGGAGAUCACAGUGAAUCUGGAAGUCGGCGAAUGGUACACAAAUAGCUCCAACAACGAUUUAUUGUACUGGGGCCUGGAUUAUCCGCCUCUGACCGCUUAUCACAGCUAUGUCCUGGGCCGAGUAGGCAAAUCCAUCGAUCCCCGCUUUGUGGAGUUGCACGAGAGCAGGGGAUUCCAAUCGGGGGAGCACAAACGCUUCAUGCGCGCAACAGUUGUGGCUGCUGACGUGCUCAUCUACUUGCCGGCAUUAGUGUACUUGGUCUUUUCCAUAGAUAAAGCCUUCCAAAGCAAUGAGAAGCUGUUUCUAUUCAUGCUAACUGCAGCGUAUCCUGGCCAAAUACUGAUUGACAAUGGACACUUUCAAUACAAUAACAUAUCACUUGGCCUUGCUGCCGUGGCAGUUGCAGCUAUUUUGCGUAAAAGAUGGUACACUGCCUCGUUUUUCUUCACGUUGGCCCUAAACUACAAGCAAAUGGAGUUGUAUCACAGCCUGCCGUUCUUUGCAUUUCUUUUGGGAGAAUGUGUGGGGCAAAAAAGCUUUACUUCGUUUGCCGCUCGAAUUUCAAAAAUAGCAGCCAUUGUUUUAAUAACUUUUGCUGUUUUAUGGCUCCCCUGGCUGGGAUCCCUUCAAGCGGCGCUUCAGGUGUUACAUCGUCUUUUUCCUGUGGCUCGAGGAGUUUUUGAAGACAAGGUGGCCAACGUUUGGUGUGCCGUAAACGUAGUUUGGAAAUUGAAAAAACAUUUACUCAACGAUCAAAUGGCGCUCGUGUGCAUUGGAUGCACUUUAAUUGCUGCGCUUCCCACGAAUGUUCUGCUCUUUCGACAAAGAACUAAAACCGGAUUUUUAUUAGCUCUUUUUAACACAGCUUUGGCUUUCUUUCUGUUUUCCUUUCAAGUCCACGAAAAGACAAUUUUACUGGCUGCUUUACCUUCCCUGUUCUUACUGAAAUGGUGGCCCAACGAAAUGGUUAUUUUCCUUGAAGUUUCCGUAUUUAGCAUGUUGCCUCUUCUGACGAAAGAUGAAUUGCUGGUGCCUGCGUUAGUAUCUACUGUGACUUUUCACUUAAUAUUCAAAUGUUUUAACUCAAAUGCAAAGCUUGAUAACGAAAAUUCAUUGAAGUACCUUUCAAAUAUAUCAAGCAUUCUGAUGAUUUGCAUUGUAGGAGCUGUUUUAACAAUCCCAGCGCCAUCGCGGUAUCCUGAUCUUUGGCCUUUAAUUGUUUCUGUUUUAAGUUGUGGACACUUUUUGUUAUUUUUUUUGUGGGGCAAUUAUCAACAAUUUACCUGCAAGUUCAGUUAGCUUGUAAAGUACAUAUACUGUAAAAACUUCAAAGAAAAAAAUACAAAUUAGGUUAAAGAAAUUUAA